AUGCAGACUCGGAAGAAAGUGAGCAAGGGGGACCUCGAGGAAUGGGAAGGAAUUAAAGAGCGUGAAAGGAUAAUAAGUCAGCAGAAAAUGGACAAUAUUGUGGACAAUAUGUGCGUGAAGCUCCGCGCGGCUGAUUUGUGCUUCGAUCAGACUCUCGAUCAAGGAAUUUGUAAUCCUAGUCAACUGAUUUUCAUGGAUCGGUUCAGACGACACUCUCGACUGGAGUCACUGGACUUGGAAGGGAUUGCGAAGCUUAUCAGUUCUGGCCAAGUAAAGCGUAUCGUUACCAUGGUCGGUGCUGGUAUUUCCACGGCUGCCGGUAUACCGGAUUUUCGUUCACCAAACAGCGGUGUUUAUGAUAAUCUACAGGAAUUCAACCUCCCCUAUCCGAUGGCUGUAUUCACAUUGGACUAUUUCCAACGCGAUCCGAGAGCGUUUUUCGAAGUUUCCCGAAGGCUCUAUCGACCUGAAGCCAAAAAUGUGGAUAACCUUGAGCGACUAAGUGGUUUGCCGGAAGACAAAUUUAUUGAGGCACACGGGACCUUCAACACCGGUCACUGUAUGAAGUGUAAGACGGAAUACAAUUUCAACUAUAUGCGAGGUAAGAUAAUCAAUAAGCUAUCACCGAAAACAGAUCGAAUAUUGGCCAAAGAGGUCCCUACCUGUUCAGUCCAUAACUGUCGAGGAGUUGUGAAACCAGGUAAUUUUGAAUUCAAUUCACUCAGUAUGCAUCCAAUCAUGUAUCUGUUUCAAACAGAUGUUGUUCUAUUUGGCGAAAAUCUGCCACGAAAAUUCUACGCCAAUUAUGCGCGAGACUUUUCCGCAUGUGACUUGCUUAUCAUCAUGGGUACAUCGUUACAGGUGUUACCAUUCUGUGGCCUGAUUCAUCGAGUUGCUACCAAUGUCCCUCGACUGUAUCUGAACCGAGACUAUAAUUCGGACCAAUCCACGGUAAGAUGA